UGAUCGCACACGGGCGCGUAAUACGGUCUCGCCUCUCGUAUGUGUACGUUGCGUUACGUAUACGAGGCUAGUCAAUUGCUCGAGGUGCCGAAGCUGUAAAAUAAAAGAAAAUCGACUAUUUGGUAUCGUAUGUCUAGCGUAGGAAGUCACUAACUAAAGUAUAUAUCUUGAGAUAUUUAUGGUAGAAUAUUCGAUUGGAAAGUAGGGGGCUUGUUAUUGAAGCGUAGUCGUGGCUUAGGUUUUGGUUAUAAGGUUUCCCUUACAACGCUGUGAUUCGAUUUCCUUUCUCCUUUGCAUCGGUCGCAAGAGCACCGAGUUCUCAUAAUUGAGAAGUGUAUUAUUGUACAUUCAAAUGGCUCUAAGUCGGAGGAAAAUUCUUUGUCUGCUCCUCGUCGCCUGCAUGCAGUGCAGGUUCGUAGAAGUGGAGCCUAGCGAUGGCGCCGGAAACAUCGUCGUCGAGGACAAUGUCGCCGAUGUCGAAGUGAAGACCUUUAUUUACAAGAGCCCGGAAGCGUCGGGUCCGGUUUACCUGGCUGAGAACUUUGACGAUAAGAGUAAAUUUAGCAAAGUGUGGAUCCAGUCCGAGGCCAAAAAAGAUGACUUCGAUGAGGAAAUUGCAAAAUACGAUGGACUCUGGGUAAUAGAAGAGCCGAAAAGGAACGUAGAGGAUGGUAAUCUUGGUCUUGUGUUCAAAAGUAAAGCUAGACAUGCAGCUAUCUCCACUCAGCUUAGUAAACCAUUUAAAUUUGAGAGCAAAUCCUUGAUCGUGCAAUACGAAGUUAUAUUCCAAGAGGGACAAGAAUGCGGUGGUGCUUACUUAAAAUUAUUAUCGGUUGAUCCGCAAUACAAAAAUCUAAAAGAUUUUCACGAUAAGACUCCUUAUACUAUCAUGUUUGGACCCGAUAAGUGUGGCAACGAUCAUAAGCUACAUUUCAUCUUCAAACAUAAAAAUCCACUAAAUGGUUCGCUCGAGGAAAAACACGCUAAAAAACCAAAAGAAAGAUUAGAAGAUUUUUUCAAAGAUAAACAACCACAUUUGUAUACUUUAAUCGUAAAUCCGGACAAUACUUUUACAAUUAAAGUCGAUGGGAAUGUUGUUAACGAAGGCUCUCUACUCGACGAUUUUACUCCGCCAGUUAAUCCACCACUUGAAAUUGAAGAUCCAACUGAUAAACGACCGGAAGAUUGGGAUGAAAGAGAAAAAAUACCUGAUCCAACUGCGGUGAAGCCUGAUGAUUGGGACGAAGAAGCACCAGCGAAAAUUAUUGAUCAAAAUGAUGAAAUGCCCGAAGGUUGGUUAGAGAAUGAGCCAGCAAUGAUUCCAAAUCCAGAUUCCGUAAAACCCGAAGAUUGGGAUGACGAAAUGGAUGGAGAAUGGGAACCACCUAAAAUACAAAAUCCUAAGUGUGCAGAGGCGCCCGGCUGUGGGAAAUAUGAAAAACGACUUAUUACAAAUCCGCAAUACAAAGGCAAAUGGCUCCCACCGUUGAUUAAUAAUCUGAACUAUAAAGGAAAAUGGAAGCCAAAGUUAAUCCAUAAUCCUAACUACUUCAAUGACGAUAAUCCUUUCAAAAUGACUCCAAUUUACGCAAUUGGCUUUGAAUUAUGGAGUAUGUCGGCUGACAUACUUUUUGACAACAUCAUUAUUACCGACGAUGAGCUAGUGGCAAAGAAGUGGGCAGAAGAGACUUUUGAUCUUCGUAAACAAAGAAUUGCCACAGAGUCGUCUGGUCUUUGGCAAGGAAUUGUUAAUUAUACCGCUGAACAUCCAUGGAUAUGGACUGUGUAUAUUAUAUUGCUAAGCCUACCGAUUAUGCUGGUUAUUUAUUGUUGCUGCUUCACGAGUCAGGAUCGUAAAGAAGCAAUUAAAGAACGAGAAGCUGAACCUAAAACUACAGCUUUAGUUCAGAAAGAUAAAGAAGAAACUGAUCCAGCUGCGGAAAGUGAAGUUACUGAAGAUGAAGUUGAGGAAUUGACAGAAAAAUGUGAGAAGGAUAAAGAAGAGGAUAACGAGGUCAUCACUGAUAUUCCUGAUAAUAAGAUUCUUACUGAUACAUCCCUGGUAUCACUGGUAACACCUUUUCCCUGCGUUCAGUUUCAUGCGCGCAUUCGACUAGAUAGCUCACAGGGAAAAGGUGUUACCAGUGAUACCAGGGAUAUAUCAGUAAGUUUCGUUUCCACAACUCAGUGCAAGCAAACUCCACUCAACGCCACAUCAACAAUAGAAUUACAUGGUUUUUCUGAUACCUCUCAAUUGGCAAUUACUGCAGUCAUAUGCCUUGCCAUCCACAAUCCAAAUAGUACUACAGUUGCCUUUCAGUGCUCCAAGACGAAGGUAGCACUCCACAAGCGGCUCACCAUCCCAAGACUGGAGCUAGCAGCAGUUCCGCGCUGUCAAGGCUCAUCUCCACAAGAUCAUGCACUAUGUGGACUGGACCACCAUGGAUACACUUACCAGACUUAUGGCAAACUCAGCUGA